AUGACGGCAACGGCUGCAGUGGAGACACCAAAAAUGAAGAAGAGUGCCUCCAAAGAAGAGAAACAGCAGCCUAAGCAGGACAGCACUGAGCAGGGCAAUGCUGACUCUGAAGAGUUGACAAGCUCCGAUAGUGACUCUGAACAAAUGAGCUUAAAGAGCAGUGACAACAACAAUAACAGCUGCCCACUUCAGGAUGGUCAGUUGAAGAAAAAGGAGAUGCCCUCCAAACCACACCGCCAGCUCUGUCGAUCACCCUGCCUGGAUCGUCCAAGUUUUUCCCAGAGCAGCAUCCUAAAAGAUGGGAAACUUGACCUAGAAAAGGAAUACCAAGCCAAAAUGGACUUUGCUCUAAAACUGGGCUACACAGAGGAACAGAUUCAAUCAGUGCUGAACAAGCUGGGCCCAGAAUCACUGAUUAAUGAUGUAUUGGCAGAGCUUGUCAGACUUGGGAACAAAGGUGAUUCAGAGGGGCAGGUCAGUUUGAGUCUGUUGGUACCUCAUUGCCCCAGUUCCAGAGAGACCUCAUGUCCUGAACUAUCUCUUGAAGAUGAAAUAGAUAGUAGUGAUAAUUUGAGACCAGUUGUCAUUGAUGGAAGUAAUGUGGCAAUGAGUCAUGGGAAUAAGGAAGGAUUCUCCUGCAGAGGAAUACAACUUGCUGUGGACUGGUUUCUAGAUAAAGGCCAUAAAGAUAUUACUGUAUUUGUGCCUGCAUGGAGAAAGGAGCAAUCCCGCCCUGAUGCACCAAUUACAGAUCAAGAUAUCCUACGUAAACUGGAGAAGAAAAAGAUUCUUGUGUUCACUCCAUCCCGAAGGGUCCAGGGCAGAAGAGUUGUCUGCUAUGAUGACCGGUUCAUAGUCAAACUAGCUUUUGAUUCUGAUGGCAUCAUUGUGUCCAACGAUAACUACCGAGACCUUCAAGUUGAAAAGCCAGAAUGGAAGAAAUUUAUAGAGGAGAGGUUGCUGAUGUAUUCUUUUGUUAAUGACAAAUUUAUGCCUCCGGAUGAUCCUUUAGGACGCCAUGGUCCAAGCCUUGAAAAUUUUUUAAGAAAAAGGCCCCUUGUUCCUGAAUAUAAGAAGCAGCCAUGCCCUUAUGGCAAAAAAUGUACCUACGGCCACAAGUGCAAAUACUACCACCCGGAGCGGGCCAACCAACCCCAGCGUUCGGUGGCUGAUGAGCUCCGCAUCAGUGCCAAACUGUCCACAGUGAAAACCAUGAGCGAAGGCACCCUGGCCAAGUGCGGCACAGGGAUAUCUAGUGCCAAAGGUGAGAUAACCUCAGAGGUCAAACAUGUGGCCCCAAAGCGCCAAUCAGAUCCCAGCAUUCGGUCUGUGGCUGUGGAGCCUGAGGAAUGGCUGUCCAUUGCUCGAAAGCCUGAACCAAGCUCUGUCCCCUCACUUGUGACUGCCCUAAGUGUUCCCACAGUCCUGGCCCCCAAAAGCCAUGCAAUGGGUGCACUGAAUACCCGUUCAGCCAGCAGUCCAGUGCCAGGGUCCUCCCAUUUCCCCCACCAGAAGGCCUCCUUGGAGCACAUGGCCAGUAUACAGUACCCCCCUAUUCUGGUUACUAACAGCCAUGGGACUCCUAUUACCUAUGCUGAGCAAUACCCAAAGUUUGAGUCAUUGGAGGACCAUGGCUACUACUCAAUGUUAGGUGACUUCUCCAAACUGAACAUCAACAACAUGCAUACUCGAGAGCGCUACAUGACUGAAGCAGAUCGGGGGAUAUAUGCUCGGAAUCCCAACCUCUGUUCUGAGAGCCGUAUGAGCCAUAUCAGGAAUGACAACUAUUCCUCUUAUAACAACUUGUACUUGGCUGUAGCUGAUGCUUAUCCUGAAGGUAGUUUGAAGCUGCAUCGCUCAGCAUCCCAGAAUCGUCUUCAGCCUUUUCCUCAUGGUUACCAUGAAGCCUUAACACGAGUACAGAGUUAUGGCCCAGAAGAUUCUAAGCAAGUCCAUCACAAACAAACAGUCUCCCACUUAGCUUUGCAUGCCCAGCACCCAGCAACUGGAGCACGCUCCAGCUGUUUUGGAGACUACCCAAUACCUCCCAAUAUUCAUCCUGGGGCAAGUCCCCAGCCAGGCCGUGCUCUAGCUAUGACUCGGAUGGACAGCAUUUCUGAUUCUCGCCUCUACGAGAGCAAUCCCAUGAGGCAAAGACGACCUCCUCUGUGCCGGGAACAGCAUGCCAGUUGGGAUCCAUUGCCCUGUGCAAAUGACUCCUAUGACUACCAUUCCUCUUCCUUGAAUAACAGCCUCAUGCAGCCAUGCUAUGAGCCAGUCAUGGUCCGGAGCGUGCCUGAAAAGAUGGAGCAGCUUUGGAGAAAUCCUUGGGUUGGUAUAUGCAAUGAUUCCAGGGAACAUAUGAUCCCAGAGCACCAGUAUCAAACCUACAAGAACCUGUGCAAUAUUUUUCCUUCAAACAUUGUACUUGCAGUGAUGGAGAAGAAUCCCAACACAGCAGAUGCCCAGCAACUGGCAGCCUUGAUUGUUGCUAAGCUUAGGGCUGCACGUUGA